CACCAUAUAGUCAACACAUCAUGUCGAGCGCGGCAUUUUUUGCAUCAGUGGUAAUAUCUUGCAUCAGAACAUUCUGCAGAUACAUUUUUGCAACCGCGCAACAUAGAUGCAACGCUAUUUGCCUGUUCACUGAAAAAUUAGUUUGCAUUUCGCACUUUUACGAGAAAACAUGCAUUUCCUCUUUAUUACGUUACAAAUUAUCGUUGUACUCUUUGUGACCUUUAGCCGGUACAGUAACACCCAAAAUACUGAGUCGGAAGUUGUUGCUGUGGACGGCACAACGGAUGCUUUGGAGUCAGAGGCAGGCGACACAACCACUCUGCCAACUGAAUCUAGUGAGGAGAACAUCGAGGGGAGUAGCGAAGCUGUAGAGCCAUCCACAGCGGAAACAAGAACGGCCACCACCAAACUCAUUGCUUCAAACAAUACAGCUAGCCGUGCCACUAAUCCGCACCUUGUGCCGACCGCCGCCACUGUCCCCACAACUGCCAAUAGGGUCACUGUUUCUACUGCAACAUCAGCAGGAUCAUCGUCACCUUUCCCGGUGAGGGCUCUACCCUCACCCAGCAUUCUGCGCAAUAAGCAGAUUCGGUUAUGCCUGGUAAUUGAAAGUUCACCGUCGUUGUUCUACAAUUAUCGACGCGUGGCUGCGGCUAUUGAUAAGGGAGUCGAGCGCGCCAACAAGCAGAUUCUAAUUGAGGGCUACACGAUUAAUCCGUACUAUAAAAAUAUGGGAAGGACAUGUGAUAAAAAGAAUGAUGCAGUGAAGAAUGUUUUGGAUAUACAAAAUUCCGGGAUAACGUGCAGCGCUUAUUUAGGUCCAGGAUGUGGAUAUAACGCAGAUAGUUUGUACAACUAUGUGGAAUAUACUCAAACUUCCAUUAUGGCUUGUCCAGGAGCGGGUUCCAGUAAUGCGGCAGAUAGGAGUCAGUAUCCGUUGCUAGCACGAGUGUCGUUCACUCACAAGGACACCACUGCAUUGUUAUUCCGAUUUUUUCGAGCUUAUCAGUACAGCCACGUUUUCGCCAUUAUGGAUACAACCAAUAGUUUUUACGAGCAGUUCGGCAUCACAUUUUCAUCGGAAUUACGAAAGCAACAAGAUCUCGUGCAAACGAUUCUUACGCGAAAUAUUAAAAGUGCUACGGCUACCAAUCAAACUUACACCAGUCUCCUAAAAGAAGGCAACUCCACGGCAAGAGUAUUCCUCCUGGCUGCAAAUGCAACUGUCACUCGUCAAAUCAUGAUAACUGCACUGCAAAUGGGAAUGACGGAUGGCAGCUAUGUAUACAUUGCUAUCGAAUUGUUUCAAAGUUCGACUUGGGGACCGUUUACAUGGAACAUGGGCACUUCUAGCGAUAGAGAUGCUAAACUGGCAUACACUUCCAUGCUGCUUAUCGCCUUGAACCCCCAACGUACGGAUUAUUAUGCACAAUUUGCAUCGGAGAUUAGAGAAGAAUCAAGGAUCAAAUAUAACUACACAUUUGAAGAAUUUGAAAACAUUGAUCCGGUGGUCAUCAGCUUUUACGAAGCUGUGAUCAUGUACGCCAGCAUUGUUAACCAAGUGCUAACAAUGAGAAGAAACAUAUUCGAUGGACAGUUAGUAUCUUCAUUGUACCGGAAUCAGACAUUCCCUAGUCCCGUUACCGGGACCGUUACCAUGGAUGGCGGUGGCGAUCGGCAGUCUGACUUUGUUAUCAAAACGCUGGAUAGUAAAUCUGGCCGAUUCCUAGAAUUUAUUACCUACAUGGUAUCCACAAAUAAGUUCACACAAACGGGCCCGCCGCUUUGGCCGAGUGCAGAUGGCUUUCUCCCACCGGACACGCCCAGAUGCGGUUUUACCGGGGAAGCUUUGAUCUGCCAUCCACAAGGCCUUUCGGGAGGAUUGUUAGCUGCGGUGGUGGUAAUACCAUUACUCAUCGUUUUAGCGUUAUGCGGUAUCAUUUGUUAUUUCGUUGCGAGAUCAUUACGAAACGAAGGAUUAGAUCCUAACUGGUGGCGCGUGACGAUGACUGAACUCGAUAUUACCGGCACAAAAGGCAGUCAAGGCAGCCGAAUUGCUAGCAGCAAAAAAUCUCUUAACGAUGACACCCAGUCGCAAACGACGCGACAGACGGACACGGUUUCGGGUGCCAGUGUUAUGUUAGGACGCACGGCGACGCUGCGUGGUAAUGUGAUUACCAUCAUCGAUGUCUCGGAGAAACGACGACGUCCCAAUCCACAAAUGAUUAAGGAGUUAAAUCAGGUGCGCGUGAUUACGCAUCAAAAUCUACAGCGAUUGUUAGGCGUUUCGGUCAACGACGAUGGCUACAUCAUAUAUAUACUCGGUGAAUUAUGCCAAAAAGGGUCACUAACGGAUUUACUGGAAAAAGACUCUCUAAAACUGGAUUGGUCAUUUAAGAACUCUCUUAUAAAGGAUCUCGUAAUGGGCAUGACGUAUCUUCAAGGGACGGCGAUUGAAUCGCACGGAAAUCUGACUGCUCAUACGUGUCUCAUUGAUAGCCGCUUUAUGUUAAAGAUCACCGAUUUUGGUUUGAAUUCGUUUCGCGAGAUUCGUGAUCUGGACCCGCCAUCGGAAGAUCAGAACGACCGUCAUUUUGAUCUUCUUCUCUGGCGUGCACCAGAGCUGCUCCGUCAGGUCAUGCCCAUCAAGGGAUCCCAAGUGGGCGAUGUAUAUAGUUUUGCAAUAUUAUUGCAACAAAUUAUUUUACGCACCGCACCUUUUGAUACUCCCGGAGAUCCGACCAAAGCGCAUCAAACAGCAAAGGAAAUGGUCAUGGAGGUCAAAAAGGGCACGCAACCUCCAUUUCGACCGCAAGUGCCGCCUUCCGCAUGUUCUAAUGAAUUAUUUACUUUAAUGGAGCGCUGCUGGGACGAAUAUCCAAUUGAGCGACCCACAUUCUCCAAAAUUAAGGAGGGACUGAAAAAGGUCAUCGGGAAUUCGGGAGACAAUAUCAUUGAUCAUUUACUCAAAAGGAUGGAGCAAUACGCAAGUGACCUGGAAGCCCAGGUUGCCGAGAAAACUGAACAGUUCAUCGAAGAGAAACAUCGUUCUGAGGAGCUCUUAAGCCAAUUACUGCCCAAGUCUAUUGCGGAAUUUCUUACGCGGGGACAGAAUGUCGACCCCGAAUCAUACGACAAUGUCACGAUCUAUUUCAGUGACAUUGUAGGUUUCACAACGAUAUCUGCAGCUGGAACGGCGAUGGAUGUUGUAUCCAUGUUGAAUAAUUUAUACACAACAUUUGAUAACAUUCUUGCUCGCUUUGACGCUUAUAAAGUGGAAACUAUUGGAGAUGCUUACAUGCUGGCCAGCGGUCUGCCUGUCCGCAACGGAAAUCGUCACGCGCAGCAGGUUGCUCUGGUGGCAUUGAGCAUUCGGAAGGAUCUGGACACAUUUAGAAUCCCCCAUUUACCCAUGGACAAACUUCGGUUGAGAAUCGGUUUGUGUUCGGGACCAUGCGUCGCAGGAAUUGUGGGACUGAAGAUGCCUCGUUACUGCUUGUUUGGAGAUACUGUACAAAUUGCCCAGAAAAUGGAAUCAAGUGGCCAGCCGAUGAAAAUCCAAGUCACCAGUUCUACGAGAGAGCUGUUGGAAGAAAUUGGUAGCUUCCAGAUGCAAGAACGUGACGAGACCGUAAUGUUUAAGGAAAAUGAACUCAAAACAUAUUGGCUUCUCUCUGGAUCUGGAAAAUAGAAGACCUGCAUCACUAAGAGCAGUACUACUAGUACUAAGAACAGCAGUGCGUACUGCGUAGUUGGUAUGAAGUUUUCUCACUGUUAUUACGAACUGCCAGUGCUGGAGCAGGAUCACACAAUCACACAAAUAAAUGUUUUGACAUACAUA